GUGAAACGACAGGGAAUGUCCUCAUCCUUAACUUCACUGGUCCCAUCUGAUGUUAAAACUUUAUCAGAAUUUGGAAAUUUUAGAGAGCAUAGUAACCCAAACAUUGCUGUUGACCUUCAAAGCAAAAACCUCCAUACCUCUUCAGAGUUUUUCUUCUUGCAACUGGUAUAUUCUCUCAGCAUGGUUACUUUAGUAACCAUUUUUGGGUUGCUAGGGAACAUAACCACAGGGCUAGUCUACCUUUCUCCAGCGAAAACAUUUUGGCACAUCGUGCAGCGUGGAUCAACAGAGGAAUUUGAUAGUCUUCCUUAUGUUGUCAAGCUAUUAAAUGGAUACAUGUGGGUUUACUAUGGACUUGUCAAGCCUAACAGUAUUCUUGUGGCCACUAUCAAUGGCUUUGGUGCUGUCCUGGAGCUUAUCUAUGUGAUCAUAUUCCUAAUCCUUGCACCUCCAAGAAUGAGAGUUAUAACUGCCAUACUUUUUGGUAUUCUGGAUGUGGUGUUCCCAGUAGCUGUUGUCUUGAUCAGUCAGCUGUCCUUCAAUAGAGAAAUGCAAAUCAAUAUUUCAGGGUUCUUGUCUCUGCUUUUCAGUGUUGCUACCUAUGGUUCACCUCUUUCUAUCAUGAAAACAGUUGUGACAACAAAGAGUGUGGAGUACAUGCCUUUCCUCCUCUCCUUCAUCCUUUUCAUCAAUGGAUUAACCUGGACUGUCUAUGCAGUGCUAACUAGAGACUGGUUUAUUGGAAUACCAAAUGGCAGUGGAUUUGUUCUUGGAACAGCUCAACUGGUGCUCUAUGCAAUGUAUUGGAAACCAAAGCAACCAAAGAGAACAUCUGAUAAUGUAGAAGAUGAUUGGCAACAUGAGCACCUCAUAGCAGAUUCCGGUCCAUCUCUAAAAAAUAAUGAGAGCAGAGCAGAUGCCUGAUUUCAUGAAAACUUUGCUUCUAAGGCAAGUAACAAGAUGAAGAAGACCCAGAAUGCAGGAUUUUCAGACUUUCCCCAGUCAAAAAGAUAUAAGCAGAUCAAAUGCUCUGGCUGGCUAGGUUGGGAAAACUCUUGCUUAUGGGCCUCUUUCUUUUGGGUUGGGAAACUCCAUUUUCGGGCCUUUGUUGUUUUCCUAAUGAUGAUUCACAUCAAAUAUACUUCCACCUUCUUGUAAUUUUUUAUUUGAUGAGGCAGAUUGCAAAGACAUAUGGCAAGCCUUGGCAGACAUAUAUACCUCUCUUGGUGAA